AGCUCUGCCCGCCCGAGGCUCUGACCCCACCUCGGGCUCGUCUGUGUCCGGCCCCGCGGCCGCGGUGGCGUCUCCCGGCCGAGGGAAGACGCCGGGAGCGGCCGCCUCGACCCUCACCUGGGGUUGCGGCUUAGGUUCAGCGCGAUCCAAGAUAUAAAACAUCACAUUCAACAUGACUGAGCGAGUGGAACAGCGAGUCUGCAUCAAAUUUUGCGUUAAGCUUGAACAUUCCUCCGCAGAAACUAUUCGGAUCAUUCAGAAGGUUUUCGGGGAGGAUGCAAUGAGUGCAGCACAAAUAAAAGUGUGGCACAAACGCUUCAAGGAUGGUCGAGAGUCUGUAGAAAGCGAUCCACGUUCUGGAAGGCCUGCGACAAGCAGGACCCCUGAGAAUGUCGAACGUGUCCGGGCUGCGAUCAGCAAAGGUCGGCGACUGACAGUGCGAGAACUAGAGGCUGAUCUGGGGAUUCCAAAAACUACCGUGUCCCAGAUUUUGACGCAGGAUCUUGGCCUGAAACGUGUGGUGGCAAAAUUCGUUCCGCGGCUUCUGCUGCCAGAGCAGAAGGGACAUCGUGCUGCAGUUGCUGAUGACUUGAUUCAAACCACUCCCAAUGAACCAGAUUUCCUCAAGACCGUCAUAACCGGAGACGAAUCGCCGGUCUGCGGCUGUGAUCCGGAAAUGGAGGCCCAGCCGUCCCAAUGGAAGCCCUUGCCUGGUUCUUCACGCCGGAAGAAGGCGCGGCAAAGUCGCAAGAUCAAGACCAUGUUAACUGUUUUUUGAUUGGGACGGUGUUGUCCAUCAUGAGUGCGCCCCUCCAGGCCAAACAAUUAAUAAGGAGCACUACCUCAAUGUUCUUCAUCGGCUGAGAUAUGCAAUACGAUGAACACGGCCGCAGCUGUGGGCCGCUGGUGAUUGGCAGCUUCGUUACCACCAUGCGCCUGCUCUCGCACAGCAUCUUGUGCAGAGGUUUUUGGCGAAACAUCAAAUCCCCAGGUGACUCAGCCCCCCUGCAGCCCAGAUGUGGCGCCCUGCGAUUUCUGGAUUUCCCCAAAACUAAAAUCACCCAUGAAAGGGAAGGGUUUCAGACUGUUGAUGAGACUCGGGGAAGUACGAGGGGGCAGCCGAUGGCGACUGGGAGAGCCGUGUGAGGUCCCAAGGUGCCUACCUUGAAGGGGACGGAGGCGUAUUGUCCUAUGUACAGUGUUUCUUGUGUCUUGUAUUUUGUAUCGUCAAUAAACGUAAGUCUAGUUAACGUCUGUCAU